AUGGACCACUCCCAGUCCCAGAACUUGAGCCACCAAGCCGGUGAAGCCAUGGGACAAGCCAAGGAGAAGGCAAGUAACAUGAUGGACAGUGCAAGCAAUGCUGCUCAAUCUGCCAAAGAAUCCUGCCAAGAGGCUGGCCAACAAAUGCAGGCAAAGGCACAAGAUGCUGUUGAUUCUGCCAAGAGCUCAGCUGAGGCUAACAAAUGA